AUGUCCCUCCAACAACUCCCGACAGAGCUCCUCGACGCCGUCGCCCUCCAGCUCGCCCCCACCGACCUCGCUGCCCUCUCCCGAGUCGCCCCCGUCUUCUACCACGUCGCCCAGCGUCGUCUCUACAGGCAUCUCCGUCUCGACUCGUCCUCUCUCACAUGCGUCUUCACUCUCGCCAGCUGUCCCCACAUCGCAAGUCAUGUACGCUCUUUUGAGAUCAGGCUCUCGCCCCAGUCUACCCUGCUGGCUGCCUUUUAUCGUCGUCUCGCACUCGCAAUCGCAAACAUGGAAGAGCUCACUUCCCUCGUCCUCGCCGUCGACCAGGCAGCCAGCUGGAUCCUCCGCACUCCUCCCCAUCCCCGUCUGCGUCGCUUUUCCUCUUCCUUUCAUCUCGACCACCAUCUCGCCCACUUUCUCUCAAAGACAGACGCGCUUCUCGAGCUACACUUAGACCCGCCCCAUGACUCUCUUUCUCCAGUCGCGCCUCUCCAGCACGGCGCGUUGCCCCUUCUCAAUCAGUUCACCGGCCCUUCUCAGGCCGCCCAGCUCCUCGUCCCAGGCAGACCCGUCGAACACAUCCAUCUCAAUUCCGGUGAUCUCACAGAAGACCUGGCAGAAACUCUCGCGAGAUCGACCGUGCCUAUCACUGAGCUUCUCGCUACAACUACCUCUCACUCCGUGUCCUUGAUCGGCACUUUGACAAGAUGUAUGGAGCAGCUUGUCCAUCUCAGGUUGGUCACAACCUACAAUUUCUCGGAUGCCCCCGAUGCUGUACACCUACUUUUCAAACAUUGCAAACGCCCUAACGUCCCUUCCUCACUUGCAAAGCUGUGA